CUUCGCCUUGUUAACGAUCAGUUUUGUGCCUUUUGAAGGGUGUGUUUUGAGGAAGUUCGCUCACGAUGAAUUGUUCUUGAUGAAUUGUGCUUGAAGUAGACAGUAGAGAAUUAUUAUAAGAACCCGGCUGUAAUCCAUAAUUGACUGGACAAUAAACCAGCAGUUCUAAUCUUGAUACAACGACAAACCAAGUGAGAACCCAACAGACCGAGACAAAUACCAAUAUACAACCCACCAAACACCCAAACUCCAACCAUGUCCACCGCCUCAGACCCCUCAGCAACCACCACCACCAACGGCAACGGCAACAACGCCUCUCAGAAAACCCCUUCCCUGAUGCUCGACAAAUACCUCGCCACCCCCCCAUCCAUCACCGAGAACCUCGCAUUCCCUGGCCCGCCGAGGGCGGCGAAGAGAAUAGCUGAGGAGAGGAGGAAGAAAGCUGCGGAGUACAUUGAGGGAUGGCAGACGGAGUGGGAGAGGAUGGGGUGAGGUUUUUGGGGCCAUGGGAGGUUGUUAGAUGAGGGAGGAAUGAGAGGAGGAGUGGGGCGAUGGUUGAUGUAUUUGAAGGACGCGGUGCACGUGAUAUUGCACUCUGGGAAAGGGGGCGAUGGGAUGAGGUUAUUGGGGAUUGGGCGAUGGGUGUUGGAUGAGAGAGGAAGUGAGAUUUGGAAUGGGGCGAUACCGGAUAUAUUUCAAGGAGGUGGUGCACGUGACAUCCCAUUCUUCAAAAGGGGUUCGGGGAUCUAGAGCGACAGCGGGAUCGGGAAUCAAAUCCGAACCCCCUCUUCUCAGCACAUGUAUAAAAAUAUCACAAAUAU